UCAUGGUGUUGGCUGGGUCGUUUGAAUUUGACAAGUUCCACAAUGCUAAGAUUGUGGAGAGACCUAGUGACAAUGAAGAAGUCCCUAUGCUGAUCAAACACCUGCCUAACCUGGAUGAGAAGAACAAGGAGAAGCCACUUUGUUACCCGUACAGCGUCAAGGCCCGGGCCCUGCUCCACGCCCACUUCCAGAGGCUUGACCUACCCCCAGACACCCUGGCUAUUGACCAAGAGUACAUUGUGAAGAAGUGUCCCUACUUGGUAAAUGAGAUGAUCAACGUCAUUGCACAGCUGGUGGCCGGAGCUCACAGAAACGGUAGUUAUCCCUCUUCUUUUACAAUCCCUAAUAUUUAAGAUCUACUGUUUCACAGAAGACCACAGCACAUUUUAUUAAUUCUUUUUAUUGAGACAUUGAUUGAAUUUCCAAUAGAAAGACUGUAUUGUUUCUGUUCAAUUUCUUUCUAUUUUCACUUUUAUAAAAUGUUUUCUUACAUUUUCUUUUGUUUAAGAAAAUAUUCAUAGGUGCAUUGAUUUUUGUUGUUUAAAUUUUCAGGGGUGGUUUAGAGUGACAAAACAAUGAAUAUACAUCUUUAAAAUUGAUUUUUACGAGAAAGGGUAUAUGCUCAUUGUCUGUCUCUUCUA